AUGAUCUCUGGGCCUUUCCAAACUACCUUCCAACCCAAAUCUGACGAUGCUUACGACAAGUCCUCCAAGACCAAGGAAUCAGACAUCUGCACAUAUUCUGUACCACUCAGUCCGGUCAUGAACCAAGACGAACAACAUCACAAGGCCCCGAACCACAGCCGGCCUCUACUAUACGUCCCCAACACAUUAUGGACGCGAUCGUUCUCCGCAACGGUGAUCACCGAGACGGUCCUGACAGUGGCAAUUGAAAGCUGGAUUCUCAUGAGUCUUUGGGACGACCUCAACGACGACAGCAUAUCAAACGGACGAUUGCGCCUUCAGUCAUUCCUCGGCCUGUACAUUUUUGCGCUUAUAUACGAAUUGGCCCUGUCAUAUGACGCGCUGCGCCGGAGGAACACAAUCCAGCUGGUCGGUCUCUGCAUCUGUAAUCAGGGCCUGUUCGCAUAUGGCAUUCUCCAGAUGACGGAGAUCAAGGAUACGAUCUCCAGCUUGGCUGAUGAAGCCCUCGGCGAGCGUCUGCGGAAAUUGUAUCAGGUCGAGCUCAUUCUUGUCCCGGUGUUUUUGGGCAUCGGGACUAUGUGCAUGGCUUUUUUUACGUGGAAGUUGCGCGCGGAGUUUUCGUGGUCUAUAUACAAGAACAUCAGUGCGGAUUUGCAGAUGAAGCGUCGGUAUUUUACAUAUCAGGUUUAUAUCACUCUCCUGAAAUUCGAUUUCUUCUUCGUAUUCGGAAGUCAACUCCAAAUCCUCCUUGUUGUGUUUCAAGCUCAAAACAUGGAUUUUAUCAUCAAUGCCUGUUUGAUCCCAGUCACGAUAGUGACCCUGGUCCUGUCGGCUCAAUUUUGCAAGCGCGAGAAGACCAAAUCGCUUAUACUGAUGAUGUUCUUUAUGAUUGUUAUAAUUGGAUUCCUUAUCCUCAUCCUCCUUCGAAUUUACAGCGGCGCGGAGAGCACUAAUUUCAACUCUUUCCGGGUGUCCCUAACAUUAUUCGCAGUUUUGUCGUUAUUUUUGAUGGUUUUCACCGUCGCCAACUCCGUGUCGUGUAUCCUUAAUUUCAAUAAAGGAUUGAAGAAUCUCGUCUAUCGCCCUGGAAAGAGGAAAAAGUCAGUCUCGUUGGAGCUCGAAUCGCAAGAGACACCUACGCGGUUCCUGUUGCACUAG